AUGGUGCCAUUUUCUAGAUUUACUCAUAUCAAUCAACUCUUUCUUCUUUCUCGUUUCAUCGCCGUCCAUAAUAUACCGGUACACUUACUUUGCCUUCCUGAAUUCAACAAAGAUUUAAAACCGCGCCUUCAAGGUGAAUCUUUUGAGAUCGCAAAAAAUAUUCAUUUUAAUGACAUUUUGCUUUCACAAGAUGAAUAUAAGGGAAGUAUGGAAGAAGAUUAUGAUGAUGAACGUGUGCUUUCGAUUAUGGAGUUGUUAGAAAAACAAUCAGAGUCUCUUCAGAAAACAUGCCUUGAACUCUCCAUGAAUACAAAGAAAUUGGUCAUAAUUUAUGACUCUAUAAUGAAGGACUAUUUAGGUGAUGUUCAUACAUUACCUAAUGUUGAGACUUGUAUUUUUCACUCAGGUUCUGCUAUAAGUAAAUACUCUCUGCUUCGACAAAGUAUUGUUGUUGAUGUUGGUGAUGAUGGUGACAAGUUGCUUAAGCAAAUGCAUGAAGAGUUUCCAGCUAUGGAUAGUUCUUUUCCACCAGGUAUGGAAAUAUUUGAAAAAGAUUUAUAUGAGUGGGAUUUCAAUUCAGGAGAAUUCAUGAUUUCAUCUAGAGAAGUUGAAGGUAAGUACUUAGAUUUACUUGCUAAUGCAAAAAGCAAGAAGCCCUUAUGGGCACUUGGUCCACUUCAUAUGUUGUUACAAUCACAUCAUGAUAAGGCUCCUCCUAGUCAUGAAUGUCUUGAAUUUCUUGACAAUCAAGAUGUUAAUUCAGUAAUAUACGUUUCGUUUGGUACGGGGACUAAAUUAUCACAAGAGCAACUCAAUGAGCUUGCAUUUGGUCUAGAAAAGUGUAAUCAAAGAUUUAUUUGGGUAAUAGGAAAAGGGGAUCAUAGUAAUAAUAAUGAUAAUGAUAACACGAUUGAAUUACCACAAGGGUUCGAAGAAAGGGUGAAAGGAAGAGGAAUGAUGGUGAGAAAUUGGGUGCCCCAAUUGGAAAUAUUGGAGCAUCCGUCUACUGGUGGAUUUUUAAGUCAUUGCGGGUGGAAUUCUUGUAUGGAGAGCAUUAGUAUGGGAGUUCCAAUAAUAGCUUGGCCAAAUGAGUGGGACCAACCCUAUAAUGCUGUCCUUGUAACUAAAGUUCUAAAAAUUGGAACACUUUGUAAUUGGACUCAUAAGGAUGAGUUAGUGACAUCUGAUUCAAUCGAAAAAUCUAUCAAAGUUUUGAUGGAUACAACAGAAGGAGAAGAGAUGCGAAAGAGGGCGGUGGAGUUGAGCAAUAAGAUCAAGAGUUCCUUUAGCCCUGGAGGUGUGGCAACCAAGGAAGUUGAAUCAUUCAUAUCCUAUAUUACCAAAUAA